UCUCGAUUUCGGAGGUUAACUUAGAAAAACGGAGAAAUGACUUUUUUAAUUAUAACUCAAUCCCUUAAAAAAAGUUCGUUUGGUCGAAUACCUAGCCAUGUGCUGUACAGUGGAAAAUUAAAAGGACUCACGCACAGUGCCGCCUAAAGCGCUGGUUAUACUUGCAUUGUGCUGCAGCGCAUAACAUGUGUAUUGUCACAUAUCGAAUCUGUUUAAUGAGUUUUGCACACAGACGAUUAUCCGACGCAGCGCAUGACAGGGCAUGACAGCGAAGUCUGCUGAAUUUUGAUUUUUGCCUAUGUGACAUUUGCAAAGAGAGCUGACGCUCUCAUUUGUGCACUGCCAUAUGUCAUUUACACCGAGAUUUGACAUUCGACAUUUGGAAAGCGGCAAACAAAGCGGGCGAAUAAUGAUUGAUGACGAAAGGCUGGUCGAUUUGGUGCGGGCGAAUGAUGCCAUAUACAAUAAAAGAAGCCUGUCAUAUAGAUUUCCGGAAAAAAAGAAGGCGGCGUGGGCAGGUGUGGCACAAGAGCUGGGUGCAACAGAAGAUCAGUGUACCAGACGUUGGCAGUCCUUGCGGGAAAGGUAUUCCCGAGAACUAAAAAGAUUAGAUGCACCAUCGGGGAGUGCGGCCGCACUGACGGAAACAUGGCCAUUGUUUGAAAGCAUGGGCUUCCUUAAAGAAUUUGUAAAGCCCAGGGCAACACGAUGUACAACGAAUAUUUUAUCCGAAUUUCCUACAUCUCCACCUUCGCCAACACUUUCUUCGUCAUUUUCGUUGACAGAGACGUUAAUGUUUACCGGUUCACCUGAUGCAGUGGAGGCGACGUUCUCAACUGAGGAGUUGGCACGUGAGCAACCAACGCCGACAACUUCUCAAAAGAAGCGAAAACGGCAGGAAAGCGAUGCAGAUGGGGAAUUCCGUGAAGCAUGUCAAUUGUAUAAAGACAUGUGUAAGGAGCGGGUAGCACAAAAAGGAAGCCAGACCAUACGUGCUUUCGGGCAAAUGAUUGGGUCCACAGUCAGUGAGAUGAGUGAAGCGAAACAGGUGAAGGCGAUACAAGUCGUCACAAAUACCAUCGUGACCAUCAAAUUGGAGCCUGAAGAAUAGGAAGGUCGCAACUCUUAAGUCAUAGCUUUUAGACGCUAAUAUAUAUUGAGUUAAACUCGGCACUGAAUUUGUUGAUUAAAAAUCGAAGUGU